CUUCUGAUAAUGACACACACUCACACACACACACACAGCACUCAGACAGAGGACAGACGGACAAAGCAAAGAGGAACCUGAUAGAGAACAACAACGAAGAAAAAAGAAAGAACUUAAAAGAAAGCUCAAAGAAGAGAAGCGGAGAAAGCAAAAGGAAGGAAGAAGUGCAAGAACCAGGAGGGAGAAAGAGGUGCUGUGUGCUGUGUUUAAGUGAAACCACCAACAACAUCCACAACCAGUCUAACCAUUAUACAAUUCUCAGCUGCAACCAGCCAGGCACGGCCCUUACCUCAGUCAGGAAACAUUUUUAAUUACAUUUUGUUGAGCAGCUGGAUAUUUAGAAAGUGAACCAGUGUCAGAAAACCUUACUUACUGUAGAAAAGCUAUUUACUGAAGUUAUGCCAACACCUACAAAAAACAGUCAAACGAUGGCCCCCAAGAAGAAGGCCUCCCGCCAGAAGAAGCCUGCCGUUGUAACCCCCUCCCAGCCCCCCAUGGAGACCGCCCCGGCCCAGCUGAAGGUGGAGAUUCGCGGUGACGGUGUGGUGGUGGUGGAGAGCAGCGUGAAGAAGAUCGAGCAGAUGGCGGCGCUGGACAUCGCUCAGCUGAACAGCCUCAACCUGCCACUGCCGCCACCGGUCAUCAAGCCCGGAGAGAGAGGCCUGGGCCUGGGCAGCGAGCUGACGCGACCCCUGCACGGCAACGCCCUGCUGGAGGAGCUCAGCAAGAUGCGGCAGGAGAAGUUCCUGACUGAUCUGGAGUUGGCUUGUAAGACGAAGGCUUUCGACGUCCACAAGCUGGUCAUCUCCUCCGUCAGUCAAUACUUUAGAGAGAUUCUGGCAAAAGACCCCAGCAUGAAGCGCCUGGAGCUCCCCUCCCUCUCACCUCUAGGCCUCGCUAACGUCAUCACCUUCGCCUACCUGGGUCGCGUCCACAUGUCCCUCUAUACCAUCGGUUGCACCGCCUCUGCCGCCGCCACCUUGCAGAUCCCUCAACUCCUCAAGAUGUGCAUGGACUUCCUCCUGGCCGAGCUCAACGUGCAGACCUGUGUCUACAUCUGGAACAUCGCCGCCGCCUACUGCCUGGUGCCAGUGUGUGACGCCGCCCGUCGCUUCGUCCUGGAGAACUUUGUGCAGUUCGCCGACACGCCGCUGUUCACCCAGCUGACCCUCGAACAGAUCUCCGCAUUCCUGCAGGACGACUCUUUGCUGUUGCCUUCAGAGGUCACCUCCCUUCAGCUGGCCAUGAGGUGGCUCGACUUUGACGCCUCUCGUCAGGAUCAUGCCGCAGAGCUGCUGUCUCACAUCCGCUUUGAGACGAUCCUGGCCAGCGAGCUGGUAAGUCAGAUCCAGCCGGUGCCCCGCAUGAUGAUGGACCCUCACUGUCACCGCCUGCUGGUGGACGCCAUGAACUACCACCUGCUGCCCUACCAGCAGAACACCCUGCAGUCCCGACGCACACAGCUCCGAGCCGGUCAGCAGACUCUGCUCACCAUCGGUGGUCGACCAUCCCUCACCGAGAGAGCUCUCAGCCGCGAGGUGCUGUGGAGGGACCCUCGUGAAGGAGGAGCCACCUGGCGUCACCUCAGCCAGCUGCCGGCCAAGAGCUUCAACCAGUGUGUGGCUGUGAUGGACGGCUUCCUGUAUGUGGCUGGGGGAGAGGACCAGAAUGACGCCCGCAACCAGGCCAAGCACGCCGUCAACACCCUCAGCAGAUAUGACCCUCGCUUCAACACUUGGCUCCACCUGACCAGUAUGCGUCAGCGUCGCACCCACUUCUCUCUGGCAGCCAGCGGCGGCCGCCUGUUCGCCAUCGGCGGCCGCAACGUGGAGGGUCUGCUGGCCACCACUGAGAGCUACCUGCCCUCCUCCAACACCUGGCAGAUGCGUGCGCCCAUGGAGGUUCCCCGCUGCUGCCACUCCAGCGCCACCCUGCCCUCCGGAGACAUCCUGGUGACCGGUGGGUACAUCAACUGCGCCUACUCCCGCUCUGUAGCGUGCUACAACGUUGACACCGACACAUGGAGCGAGAAGGCCCCCCUGGAGACGCCCCGCGGCUGGCACUGCUCCGCCACCCUCGGAGGGAAGGUGUAUGUGGUGGGAGGAAGCCAGCUGGGGCCCGGUGGUGAGCGGGUGGAUGUGCUCUCUGUGGAGGUCUUCUCCCCGGAGAGUGGCACCUGGAGCCGGGCCGCUCCUCUUCUUCUCGGCGUGAGCACCGCCGGCCUGUCCACGCUGGCUGACAAGCUGUACCUGCUGGGGGGCUGGAACGAGACGGAGAAGCGCUACAAGGCGGCCGUGCAGAAGUACGACCCGUCCACAGACAACUGGUCCAUGGCGGAGGAUCUGCCAGAGCCCACGGUGGGAGUUUCCUGCUGCACCCUGACCCUGCCACCCCGCCACGCGCCGCGCCGGCAGCAGCACCGCAACACCCCGUCACACGAAGAGCAGCAGCAGGCCGGGAAGAACCGGAGCAGAGAGAGCAGCAUGGCUCCUUCACAAGCCAUCACAGCAUAGAGGCAGGAAGAGAGUUAACAUCUGGAGAACAUCUGGAUCAUGUCUGCUCUUUAUUCUGUAUAUACAGUCUGUAAAUAAAUAAUAAAUAACACAAAGAAUUUUGAACAAAAAAGACACUUAUCCCUAACAAGACAGUACCGUAUAAAACAAUGCAACCUUAUUUAGCUAAAAUAUAUUGAAGACAUAAAAAUACUAUUUGAAUGAUUUAUUUUGUA